ACUCGCAGGUGAUCUGUGGCUCUGAAUAGCCAAGACACCGGCUCAGCCUGCCUUCCCUGAGACCUGUGCACUUGGAAGUAAAGUGUACAACAGAAAGGAACUAGGAGUACCCGGAGAGAGAAUUUAUCCUGCAGACUGUUCCUCUGAAUUAUUCCACAAUCACUGCAUUGUAACUGCUGAGCAUCCAUGUGAGAUGUGCUGCAAUCAACCAAACUGCUGACAAAAGUUUCAUCACUCAGAAGAUAUCUUGUCUGAAGUGCACAACAUCUUCCUGAACUGUACAGGACUUCAGAACUUAACUUGCAUCCUUGUAUCCUGUUCUGCACUGUGCCCCCCUCAGCAGAGCAUCCCUGUACCCUACCCAACCCCCCACCAGUGACUUGACCAACCUACCUUUCAGCUAAGGCAAUGAUUGCUGUGCACUUCCAAGGAUACUGGCUUCUGACAGCCUUACUGGGGUUGAGCUGCACUGGGAGGAUGGUGGCAUUGGCCUGCCCUACUACUUGCGUAUGUCCCAAGGAGCCCCCUUCAUGCCCUCCUGGCAUUAGCCUGGUGACAGAUUCCUGUGGAUGCUGCAAGGUGUGUGCCCGUCAAUACAAUCAGGACUGCGGGCCAAGCCACCCAUGUGACCACAUUAAAGGUUUACACUGUGACUUUGGCGCCGAUUCCUCUUCUACUGUUGGAAUCUGUCGAGCAAAGUCAGAAGGUCGACCUUGUGAAUUCUUUGGGCAAAUCUAUCAGAAUGGGGAGAACUUCCAACCUAACUGCAAACACCAGUGCACUUGCAUGGACGGAAUAGUGGGCUGUAUGCCGCUAUGCCCUCAAGAAGUAGCUCUGCCAAGUGCAGACUGCACCAAUCCGAGGUUGGUGAAGGUUCCAGGACAGUGCUGUGAAGAAUGGCUAUGUGAUAGUAACCAUAUUUCAGAGGACUCGGGAGACACUACCAACGGCAACGUAGAUGACCCAUUGAAGUCAUCUGAAGAGAUUGUAGACCAGGUUGACAUUGAACCAGUGUCAAGCAACGAGCUCAUUAGUUUAGUUAGAAAUGGAUUUAAAGUUGAACCUGGACUGGGCCCUCAUCCACAACCAGACAAGUCUAGAUGUGCGAUCCAGACCACAGAAUGGUCUCAGUGCUCUAAAUCAUGUGACAUGGGCAUCUCUUCAAGAGUAACCAAUGAUAACCCUCAGUGCAAGCUUUUGAAGGAGACCCGUCUGUGCCAAAUCCGACCAUGCAAGGAUCCAUUAUCUAUCAAACUUAAGAAUGGGAAGAAAUGUACCAGAACGAAAAAAUCCAGAACAGCUGUUCAUUUCACAUAUGCAGGAUGCACAAGCAUACGUCGGUAUAAGCCUCACUACUGCGGCUCCUGCACAGACGGACGAUGCUGUACUCCCUCCAAAACCCGAACCAUGCGCGUUCGCUUCCGUUGUGAUGAUGGAGACACCUUCCAAAAGAGCAUGAUGUGGGUGGAAAAAUGUAGAUGUCAUCAGAACUGCCCUUAUCACACCGAGCUGUCUUACCCCCAUUAUAGGUUACAUAAUGACAUCCACAAGUUCACGGACUGAGCCACAUUGGAUACUUUGUUGGACAAAUGGGUUGGUGGCCAAGGGAGAUGGCUCCCUUUCCCUAGAACCAAUAGAAUCACAGGGUCCAGCCGUCGGUUUAUGGUGGCUGCAUAGGACUGGAGCGUCAAAUCUGUAAUCAGACCUUCGUCCAUAAGGUCUAUGGUUCACUGAAAAUGUACACUGACACUCCAAGCCAUAAUCAAUGUGGAAAUGAUCCUGUUCAGAGCAGGUUCACUCAAGGUAGAGCGCUAGUGAGGAAGCUCUGCUUUGCUGAAGGAUUUCAACUCUACUGUAAAAUGCAAUGAAGUCCGUUAUUGCUCUUAUGAGCGGUACCCCUUGUUUACAGUCACUCUAGAUCUGCUUUUUUAUAAGCCAUAAUGUACCAAGGUUAUGGGCAAAUUCAAUGCAAGCAGUAUUGAUCUAUUCAGGUCUAUGGGUGUAGUAGAUCACCUUAGAACAGUAUUAGCAAAGUUGAAUAGAAAAGAUGCCGUUUUCUUUACUAUAGAUAUUUUAGCUACUGCCUGAAAGAUCUGGGCAAAGCAGAUUGUCAAUAUCAGAUUUAGAUUUCCUAAAGAAACAUAAACAACAAGACAAUUUGUCUUGUGCUUCAAACUGUUUUGUCCCCCCAGUAAAGAAAGUGAAACCAUAAAAACCUAGAUACCUAGACUAAGAUGAGUUUAUGGAACCAAAUGUUGUUAGCUCUAUUAGUUGUAUUGCCUAGAACUUUUAUAUAAAUAACGUGGUAUGACCCAAAAAUAUGAUCUGCACCCUUGAGAAAGUUAGGAUGUCUUUAAAAAGAAAUAAGGUGUCAUCUGGUCGUCAAGCACUUAGAGGUGACUUCUCCAGUUAUAGCCAAAGAAAGACUCUUUAAAAGAUGGUGGAUGGGUGAAACCACAGGAAGAGUUUUAUAAAGGCUCAUUAUGUUUAUAAAAGUUUUAUAUCAUUACUGUAGGGCAAGGUUGUAAUCGAUCAUGUAGAAUCCUCCAUUAGUGGUGGAUUUUUGGAUAUGCUAGAUGCAAUAUAGGAUUUGGAGACAAUGAGGCCUUUUCAAUUUCUCAGAUACUUUUUAAUCUUUAUACGACAAAAGCCUUGUGCAGACCUGAUUGUUUAAUUCCAACCUCAUGGUUUGACAAAUUUAAAGGAAAUGUAGAUGCCUGCAAUAAAAUUUAGGGUCUCGACUUCAGAUGUUGUUAGAAGCCAAAUAAGAAUGAUUCCAUGUAGAACAAUCUAAAAUGUAGGAGUCGGAAGUUAUAUUCCAGUACCUGAUGCUCCUGUCGUUUAUAGAGGUCUACUUUAUGCCAUAUGUGAAGGUUGGGUAGUCCCUCCAGGUAACAGAAUGCCGUAAAGUGAAAAAAAGGAGGGGCACAUUCAUUAUCCUAUCCCCAACGGCUGCAGACGUACUAAGACACAGCACUUCAGUAAGAGCCUCUCUCUGCGCUCAUACAGAUGGCAUGCGUUCCUGCUAAACAUCUCUUCAAAUUUGGGAAGAAAUUUGAUGGAAACCAAUGCAAUAAUUUGAUAGCAGAAUUGACUGUAAUGCCGAGUAAAGCAGAGUUAGGGAAUAUUUGUUCAUGCACUGCCCAGGUUAAGAUGUACAUAAUAUAUAAAUAUAGAGAAAUAUAUAUUUUUUUGACACGCCCCUCAGUGAUAUUUACUGCCCGAUAGAGACUUAUGCUUUUUGUUUCAUUUUUUUUUGUAUUAUCUAAUUAUUAUAUUUUGUCCUGUUUUUCUUCCUUUAUGAAGGGUUAGGAUAUUGUUUGUAUUUUUAGACUGAGGAUUUUGCCUCAUACUGUGUUCCCGCUGUAGCAUGUGAAAACAUUGUAUGUUUUUAAAGCCUUUGUGACUGUGACUUUGAUAUAAACCGUAUGUCUAUCAGUAUUACAAGCUUUUAUAUGUAACUACAAAA